AAAAUACCUUUCAAGCAAAGCUGUUUUUUUUUUCAUCCUUCGAGAAGCCCUCCCCGCUUAAUGUCUUGAAGUGUAUGUAUAUAUAUUCCCACUAUAUCUAUACUAUUUUCUUCACCACCUUCGCUUGAGUUAUCUAUCGAUCCUUUUCUUGCAUUGAAACAACACUACCCUUAUUAUCAUUAGAGGAAAAGCUGUAGGGGAAAUAAAACAGAAGUGGAACAGUGUGAGGAAGGGAGAGAGAUAAUGGCAAGUAGUGAUAAGGUGGUGGAGACUGUGAUUGUUGGGAAUUAUGUGGAGAUGGAAACUGAAGGAAAGCCUAAAGGCAUGAAAAGCAAGAUUCCUAAUCUCUUUUGGCAUGGUGGGUCUGUUUAUGAUGCUUGGUUUAGCUGUGCUUCUAAUCAGGUAGCUCAAGUGUUGCUUACAUUGCCGUACUCAUUUUCUCAACUGGGGCUGCUUUCUGGAAUUCUCUUUCAGCUGUUCUAUGGUUUGAUGGGUAGCUGGACAGCUUAUCUGAUCAGCAUACUCUAUGUAGAAUAUAGAACAAGGAAAGAAAGAGAGAAAGUUGAUUUCAGGAACCAUGUCAUUCAGUGGUUUGAGGUUCUUGAUGGGCUCCUUGGGAAACACUGGAGGAACGUGGGUUUGGCAUUUAACUGCACUUUUCUUCUGUUUGGAUCUGUCAUUCAACUCAUUGCUUGUGCAAGUAACAUAUAUUACAUAAAUGAUAAUCUGGACAAGAGGACUUGGACAUACAUCUUUGGGGCUUGUUGUGCAACUACUGUCUUUAUUCCUUCAUUUCAUAAUUACAGAAUCUGGUCUUUUCUUGGCCUUAUAAUGACCACCUACACUGCAUGGUAUCUCACCAUUGCUUCCCUCCUCCAUGGCCAGGUUGAGGGAGUUAAACAUUCUGGUCCUACCAAGCUGGUGUUAUAUUUCACAGGUGCCACCAACAUUCUGUAUACAUUCGGGGGACAUGCUGUUACUGUGGAAAUCAUGCACGCAAUGUGGAAGCCUCAAAAGUUCAAGGCCAUAUACCUGAUAGCAACACUGUAUGUGCUGACACUGACACUUCCCGUGGCUGCUGCUGUAUAUUGGGCAUUCGGAGACAUGCUUCUCGAUCACUCAAAUGCCUUUUCUCUUCUCCCAAGAACUCCCUUCAGAGAUAUGGCUGUCAUUUUAAUGCUCAUCCACCAGUUCAUAACAUUUGGAUUUGCAUGCACGCCACUGUACUUUGUGUGGGAGAAAGCAAUUGGGAUGCAUGAGUGCAAGAGCCUGUGCAAGCGAGCGGCAGCAAGAUUGCCAGUGGUGGUUCCCAUUUGGUUUUUGGCCAUUAUUUUCCCAUUCUUUGGACCAAUAAACUCCACCGUGGGAUCCCUCCUUGUUAGCUUCACUGUCUACGUAAUUCCAGCACUGGCUCACAUUUUCACCUUCAGAUCAGCCACUGCUCGAGAGAAUGCAGUGGAGCAACCAUCCAAGUACUUUGGAAGAUGGGUUGGGACAUAUACCAUAAACGUGUUUGUUGUGGUGUGGGUUCUAAUUGUUGGGUUUGGAUUUGGUGGAUGGGCGAGCAUGACAAAUUUCAUACACCAGAUUGACACAUUUGGGCUCUUCACAAAGUGUUACCAAUGUCCACCACCAGCAUCGGCAGUCUCACCACCACCCCACGGCCUUAAUGCCACCACCGCUGCUCCGCUACACCACCCUUUCAACCACACUCAUAGCCCCUGAAUUGCUCAAACUAUAGUGGAGGUUCCCUCCUCAUGGCUUAACUAAAAUGCAACCAUGAAUAUGUCAUCGUGUCAUUAGCAGCACACGCUGGUUCAUCUUUGCUACUUUUAGACUGUAAACAGAGAAGAUAAUACACACAGAAUGGUCAUCCAAUUUGAGUCUUUCUCUGUCGUUUUUAUUUAGCUUAGAGAGUCUGUAAUGCAUUUCCAGAAAACGAAAAAAAGGGAAAGAAACAAAGUUUGUAUCAAAAAUUGAAGAUCCUACGUUGUAGCUAUGGUUCAGUCUUUGAUAAUGUACGAGUUGUUCUCUUGCCCCUGCCCUUCACAAUAAUGUCAAGCUUUCCCUUGGUUUUUUUAGUUCAA